AUGUCAAGACGCCGGAGUCGCCGUGGAAAAGAGCCCGUCGCCGAGGCUACGGAGGUUGAGGAUCUUGUGGUGAAGCCGAUGUUGGAGAUAAGUGGUGACAAACCAGAGAGAUGGGGAUUAUUUGAUGAUGAGAUGUAUGCCAAGAAAGUUGAGUACAUGGUACGAUUGAUUGGUGAAGGUCAUUUGUUUAGCAAGGCACACUGGGGUGGUGGUGAUGCGAACGAUAAGUUGUAUGUAUAUUCUGAGAAGGUGAAGGUAAAAAAGAGGAAAGCAAUAACAAAGGCCGCAGGACCUGUUCUCAAACAAAGGAGAAUGAGCUCGUAUUACAACCGUCAGGUUACUGUUGAUGCAGCGAAAUUUGCUGAGAUGGCGGAGAAAAUAGAGGAGCAUGGGAAAGAAAUGGCUCGACUAAGGGAGGUCUAUGAGAAACAGGAGCGACAAUGGAAGAAAUGGAAAAUGUUGAGAAAAGGGGGCUCCUUGGGAAAAUGGAGGAGUGGAACAAAGCUGAGGAUGAAAGUGAGGGCCAAAGAGAGCCAGGUUGCUGAAGAGUUUAGGGCUGAUAUGGGAGUUCCAUCGGUUUCUGGUGAAGAUGUAGUACGGAUGAAUCAUGGUAGUAGCUCAGUUGUGGGUUGUGAGGAGAUUACCAGGGAAAUGUCUGGUGACGGUCUUGACGCGAGGGAAAUCGGUGAGUUGGGUGUUCUGGUGAAGGCAGUUGUGGCUGACAAUGAGGUUUGUGACAGUAUGAAUUUUCUUAAAAAUGUUUGUGAAGUUGACUUAGAUAUUGAAAAAUGGAAAAUGCAGAUAGACAAAGUGGAAGAAGAUGGAACAGGAAAUAUGAAUGAAGGAGAAACAGUUCAUAAUGAGGGAUUGAAUGAGAACGAGGCAGAUAAUGGGCCCCCGCAGGAUGGAAGAGACUCAAUGAAGACUGAUGUUGUGGAGGAGAAUGAGUUGGAGGGAACUGUGAGUGAAACCAAUAUGGGUCUGGGAAAGGAUAUUUCUGAGGUGGAUGGUGGUAGUGAACAUGGAAGUGAGAAUGGAGAGGAUGAUAGGAUGAUGGGUGAUGUGGAAGAGAAGUUGUCCACUGACAGGCGCAUGGUGGUGUACACGGGGACAACAUACUUGUUUGGAGAGCAUGUAGAAGGUGGGAAUGGGCAGACUGGAGAAUCUAUGAAGGAUGAUGAUGCGGGUGAGAAAGUGCGGUCAAUAGAGGAGAAUGAAGAAGGAAGUUUAGGAGAGACACCUCAAAUGGCUGUAGAAGAGGUUAGUGAUUCGUCGCCGCCUACGACUGUGACACAUAGACCAGGUGAAGAGGAUGAGCAGUUGGCUGCAUUGCUUCUGGCGAAGGAUCAAUAUAGUUUCCCAGACAUCGUACCUUUUUAUGAAGACUGUGAUUACCCGUUCUUUGAGAAAGUCUUAACCGCAAACCAGUCAGUGUGA